CCAAAGGUAAGAGCUCUCUGCGAUCCCCCUCCACGCGGGAGGAAUUCAAUUUGUUCCUUCUUCCACGAUCUGCACCGCCUCUCGUUUCGAUUGAUCUCCUCCCUACCAGGUAUCACAGAUUGUGUGGGGGAUGUCUUCAGCGCAAGAUCCAUUCUACAUUGUUAAAGAAGAGAUCCAAGAUUCUAUUGAUAAAUUGCAAUCUACAUUCCACAAAUGGGAGCGUGUCUCUCCGGGAAUGGGCGAUCAAGUCCACGUCACCAAGGAGCUUCUUGCUAAUUGUGGUAGCAUUGAGUGGCAGGUAGAUGAGCUGGAAAAAGCGGUGGCCGUUGCAGCAAAAGAUCCUGCCUUGUAUGGCAUUGAUGAAGCUGAGCUUGAAAGACGGAGGAGAUGGACUAGUAAUGCUAGGACACAGGUGCGGAAUGUGAAGACUGGUGUUCUAGCUGGUAAGGGUAGUGCUGGUGCUGGUAAUGCAAGUGAAGUGCGCCGAGAGCUGAUGAGAAUGCCAAACUCGAGUGGAGCAAGUAGAUACGAUCAGUAUGGGGGAAGAGAUGAUGAUGGAUUUGUACAUUCAGAAUCAGAUAGGCAAAUGCUGUUGAUAAAGCAACAAGACGAAGAACUGGAUGAGCUGAGUAAAAGUGUAGAGAGGAUUGGAGGAGUGGGGCUUACUAUACAUGAUGAACUCGUUGCGCAGGAGAGAAUAAUAGAUGAACUGGGAACGGAGAUGGACAGUACAAAGAACAGGCUAGACUUUGUACAGAAAAAAGUGGGGAUGGUGAUGAAGAAAGCAGGAGCGAAAGGGCAGAUGAUGAUGAUAUGUUUCUUGCUCGUCUUGUUCAUCAUCCUAUUCGUUCUCGUCUUCUUGACCUAAACAUCACAGCAGAAUAGUUUUUUUUUUGAUGUUACUUGUUAUGAUACUUGUGUGGUGAAACAGAAAAAGUGCAUUAAAAACAAUGUUUGAUUUUUCUACUAUGGUAAAUUCUUUGAGAUUGAACCGUA